AUGGCGUCAAUCGCGGGCACUUCCUGGGGAGCGCACCCCGACGCUUUACUCACCAUUUACCGCGCAGUCUUGCGCGGCGCAAUUGAAUAUGGCUGCCUGGUGUUCCGCAUCAACGGAAACAAGGCAACCUUCCUGAAAUUAGAAAGACAACAAUUUCGCGCCAUCAGAAUCGCCAUGGGCUAUAGAAUCUCCACGCCAAUCAGCGUAAUGCUGGCAGAGGCGAAGGAAGUUCCUUUAAGGCCCGUUCUACAAUACGUCUCACAGAUUGAAUGUUUAGAGGAUUCGGCGGAGCUCAAGGAUACCCACAAACAAGCAGAAUUCGAAGAGACAUAUUUUCAAAUCAUCUCACAAUUUCGAGAUUUGAUAUUGGCAAACGAGGCGCUCACUGUUGAGCUUACACAAACACACAACCCAAUUAAUAAUCAGCUAAUUAACGAACAAGCGCAAACACGCACAAACAAUUUACGACUUCCGAAGAUUGACUUGCCAUUCUUUUCAGGUUCAUUCGACGAGUGGUAUUCAUUCUAUAACACAUUCCAGUCAUUGAUUCACAAUAAUCCGUCGAUAACAGGGAUACAGAAAUUCCACUAUCUCAAGGCAGCUUUAAAGGGAGAAGCUGCAGACGUAAUACAGUCAUUGGAAAUUUCAACAGUUAAUUACGCAGAAGCAUGGCAAAUGCUAAAGAAUCGCUACGAUGACAAGCGGCUAAUCAUUCAGAAGCAUGUUAAGACAAUUUUCGAACUGCCUUCUCUCUCCAAGGAGAAUCAUUUGAAGUUACGUCAGUUAGUGGAUGGCGAUUUAAAACAUUUACGGGCCUUAAAAACCAUCGGCCGUCCCAUUGACUCGUGGGAUGAUGUACUUUUGCACGUCGUGACAGGAAAGCUAGAUACUACAACAAAUAAGGAAUGGGAGAACAGUUUAACAGGCAAUGACAUUCCGACAUGGCACAUGCUCAUCGAGUUUUUGGAACAUAGAUGUCACAUUUUGGAAGCAAUUGAUCGAAAGACACAGGUGCAAUCUACUGUAUCAGCACAACUCAAGAACACGCAGUCGAAGACAGCAGCACAUAUAUCUACAAAUAAGUCAUUCUGUCAGAUAUGCAGGGGCAAUCAUUUUAUCUUCUCUUGCGAGCAAUUUCUCAAAAUGUCACCUGAAGCACGCUUCAAAUAUGCGAAAGAACAUAAAUUAUGUUUAAAUUGUCUUCGAUUUUCUUCACACACUGCCAAAACAUGCAAGGCAAGCAGUUGCAAGACGUGUGGUAAACGUCAUAACACCUUGCUGCAUAUCACCCAAUCAAACAACAGCGAAGAUGCGAGUUCAUCACAGAAGGGGGAGACACAAACGAUAUCACCGUCACCAGUUGUUUCACAUGCAGCAAACUGUCUUUCUUCAACACAAGUGUUGCUCUCCACAGCGCUCGUAAAUGCAACAGACUGUCAGGGAGUAUCACAAACAUGUCGAGCAUUGUUAGAUUCAGGCUCCCAAUUUAAUUUUGUCACAGAAGACUUAGUUCGUCGUUUAGGUCUUUCUACAAAAUCUAUCAAUGUGCCAGUGGUAGGAAUUAAUCAGUCAUGGAUUCACGCACAAGAAAUGGUCAAGAUCAAGAUAAGCUCAAAACGUCAUGCCUUUAAUAUUACAAUUAAUUGUCUUCUAGCAGAUCCUACCUUUUAUCAAUCUACGGACAUAGAAAUGUUGUUAGGAGCUGAGGUGUUUUGGAGUAUUUUAUGCAUCAGUCAAGUCAAGGAUUCUCCGGAUCAUCCAUUGCUUCAAAAAACAUUAUUUGGAUGGAUCAUUGGUGGCAAAUGGGUAUAUACUCCUAACAAUUUGAAGGCACAGCAAUGCAAUUUAUCAAUAAGACAUUCUACUGCUAAUUUGGAAGACGCAGUCGCUAAGUUUUGGCAAGUGGAUCAAAUCAGCAAUCAACCUUCGAUUACUAUAGAAGAGAAGGAAUGCGAGGAGCUUUUCAAGAGAACUCAUUACCGUAAUCAGGAAAAUCGAUUUGUAGUUGAACUGCCAUUGAAACAAGAAGUGUUGCAAUUAUUAGGCAACUCUUAUGAUAUUGCAUUGAAGCGAUUCUACUCACUGGAGCGCAAACUUAACAAGAAUCCACAACUAAAAGGACAAUAUACACAGUUUAUGGAUGAAUAUCAAGCACUUGACCACAUGCGACCUGCCAUUUCAGAUACACAAGGUACAAAUUUUACUUAUGUGCCACAUCAUGCAGUGUUGAAGCCUUCCAGUUCGACUACAAAACUUCGAGUGGUAUUUGACGCGUCAUGCAAGACUGAUUCGGGAAUUUCACUCAAUGACACAUUAAUGGUUGGACCUUUGUUGCAACAAGACGUUUUUACAUUACUUAUCAGAUUUCGUAAGUGGCAGUAUGCGCUUACAGCCGACAUACAAAAAAUGUAUCGGCAAAUUUUAGUUUAUAAGAAGCAUCGAAGUCUACAAAGAAUUUUAUGGCGCAGCAACAGAGAAGCUAACAUACAAGUUUUCGAAUUAAACACAAUCACUUAUGGGACGGCAUGUGCGCCGUAUCUUGCGAUACGAGCAUUGCAAGAAGCAGCAAAACUACAUCAAGACAAACAACCACUUGGAGCAUCAAGAAUUUUAACAGAUUUUUAUGUGGAUGAUCUUAUUACGGGGGCAAACACAAUUCAAGAACUUAUACUAAUCAAGGAGGAAAUAAAUACAAUUUUAAGUGAAUCGGGAUUUCCACUACAUAAAUGGGCCUCCAAUCAUUCUGCAAUUGUUGAGGAGUCAUCGUUAGACAACACAUUAAGAUUCGACAAGGAUUUUGAUACAUCAACACUCGGAUUGCAAUGGAACCCUAGGGAGGAUCAAUUUAGAUUCUUCACCAAUCUGUUUGUGUUAAAAUUUCGAAACGCUCAAUUUUGUCAACGUCUGUGGCAGCUGAAACUGGACUGGGACGAAGCAGUUCCUCUCGAUAUUCACACCAAGUGGCUUCAAUAUGAAACAGAGCUUCCUCAAUUAAAUUCUCUGCGCAUUGCACGAAGAAUUGUUAUGCAUACAGAUCCUAAAGAAAUAGAGUUGCACAGUUUCCGCGGAUGCGAGUGA